AUGCCCCUGGACAACACAUUCAACCUCAAAGAAACCGGACUCACCGGCUACGAAAUCUACAUCCUCCUGAAAUACAAAGAAGAAAUGGCGUGCUUCAAUACCCGAAACACCUACAGUCGAGAGGAGCUCCAGAACCGCUCCAUUGAACAGCUCCUCCUCGAGAAACUCCGCCUCGUCGAAGAGGAGGUCGGGCUUGAACUGCAAAUACGAGAGAUACAUGGCGAGAUUCAGAAGUUUAAGGCUGGGGAUGAGCGUGAGCAUGGGCGUAAACGUCAACGUCGGCGUCAACGUGCAGCUAGAGACCCUGAUCCUGAGAAUCGGGGGUGGGUUGACAUUGAUGAUGAUGGUGAUGAUCAUACUCGUCCUCAUCCCCAAGCUCAUGCUCAUAGCAGCAACAAUGAAUACUAUAAUCCCAGUGCUUAUCUUCCAUGCAAGAGGUUCUGCUCGUUCAUCCAUGUUUCACCUCCCGUCUUUCUGGUAUGUUCAUCCUGGGGAUUAUGCGGAUGA